GUACCCGGUGUGUACAAGUGUUCAGGUAUCUCACCUCUGCUGGAACACAAGCAGCCGUACAAACCCCAAAAGCCUUAAAAACACCGAAAACCAUGGGAGGUGCGCAGAGUGUGGAGAUACCGGGAGGAGGCUCUGAGGGCUACCACGUCCUCCGGGUUCAAGAGAACUCCCCUGGACACCGGGCAGGACUGGAGCCUUUCUUUGACUUCAUCGUCUCCAUCAAUAACACCAGACUGAACAAGGACAACGACACCUUGAAAGACCUGCUGAAAGCCAGUGUGGAGAAACCGGUCAAGAUGUUGGUCUACUCCUCAAAGACCCUGGAGCUGCGGGAGUCCACGGUCACACCCAGCAACCUGUGGGGGGGUCAGGGCUUGCUUGGCGUCUCGAUUCGUUUUUGCAGCUUUGAGGGAGCUAAUGAGAACGUUUGGCAUGUUUUGGAAGUGGAGCCUAAUUCCCCGGCAGCCCUCGCCGGAUUGCGGCCGCACACUGACUACAUCAUCGGGGCUGACACUGUUAUGAAUGAGUCAGAGGACCUGUUCUCUCUGAUAGAGAGCCACGAGGGGAAGGGCUUGAAGCUGUAUGUGUACAACACAGACACCGACAACUGCAGAGAGGUGGUCAUCACACCUAACAGCGCCUGGGGAGGAGAGGGCAGCCUAGGAUGUGGGAUUGGCUACGGAUACCUCCACCGGAUCCCCACCCGGCCUUUUGAGGAGGGAAAGAAGAUCAGCUUCCCUGGAAACUCUCCCAGCGAGCCUGUCAGUCCGUUGAAGGAUGGAUUCACUGAGGUCCAGCUUUCAGCAGUGACCCCUCCUCCUGCUGCCCCGGCUGUCCCCUCCGGCCUUGAAGAUUCACUGUCAGGCCUGUCAAUCAGCAAAGCCCCACCCACCAUGCCCAGUGAGCUGCAGACAGGUAUGCCCACAGUCCCUCUGCUCCCCUCCACAUCCAGCCCCACCCUCAGCCCGCUCACUCCACUGAAUCCUGCCACCACCACCUUCAACCCCGCCACCACGCUACCAGGUCUGAUGCCCCUCCCGGCCGGCUUACCUCCACUACCGAACCUCCCCAACCUCAACCUGCCACUCCCAGACCUCAGUGCCAUGUCACUAGCAGGCACCAGCACCUUACCAAUUACAGCAGGAAUGACAGGAGUCCCAUCUCUGGCGUCCCUCCCUCCCCUCAACCUGCCAGGUCUGGCCCCGUUGCCCCCUCUGCCCACAAUGCUUCCCUCCCAGCUGCCUCCACUCCUGCCCCAGGGACUGGCCCCCAUCCUGCCCACCUCCACCGCCCCCCUAGCCUCGGUCACAGUCACGGCGGCGCCCGCAACCGUGCCCGCCGCAGUCACCGCAGCCCCCACGGAAGCAGUCUCCACGGACGCCACGGAAGCACAAGCCCCCACGGAAACAACACUAUCGUCGUCGUAA